AUGAUUGAGGUUGAAAUCAAGGGUCACUACGGUCAACUAAUUAAGGGUUACUUGCGACGAAUUAUCGAGGAUAAGGGCGUUAUCGUUUAUGCUGAUGAUCCUGCGUCAGAAGAAACGAUACCAUUGAGUGAACUGCGCCUCCCCCCUACGUAUGCGUCAGAAUCAAUGACGCUAGCGCCGCAGCUUCGCGUCGAGGCUCUUCUUCCAGUUGCCGUAAAGGAGAAUUCGCCCGACAACAGCUUCACAGAGGCAUUGGCGAAUCUAAAAAUAUCACAAUCUGUUCCACAGACGGCUUCAGCUUCGCGCCUGGCGAACCCGUUCUCUUGCCUCACAUGCCCCUCGUGGUGGCCAUGUGUGGUCCGCGGUGCCCACGUGGUUGUCCAACUGCGUCCAGUUCUACCUGCAACUGACGAAUCGGCACCACCUCCACCGAAGGAAUAUACAGAGCUAGCUGCCACCUUGGCAGCAAUGACGGAGAUUUGCGAACGGCAAAUGCUUCGCCCUGCGUCAGCUCCAGACGCACCUUCUCUUAAUUCAGAUUCUUUAUUCACACACAUAAUCAAUAUCCCUCCAGAAAUCCUGCCUUAUGCCUCCGAUACCGCCGUCCACGAGUGCAUGCUUCGUCACUGUGGGGGUCCCGCCAGCAUUACCUUCGAGAAGGACCAUCUGGUCAUCCUGUCUCCGUCACAGGAAGUAAUUCGUGUUGCUGGUCUACUAGAGGAGAUUCAUAUUCGAAUGCUCCGACAGAAGUGGGGUAUUUUGCGUUACAUCAAUCAAACGAAGAAAUUCCACGACACCUCAGCCAAGGAUGGAUCCUCAGCUGGAAGUGGCAAGGAUGGCUUGGGAGGAAAACCCUGGUCUUCUGUUCCUGACAACUACUUUGUAGAAGUAUUCGAUGUCCCCUCUUCCCUAAUGGGCUUAGCCAUCGGGCCGCGUGGGGCCAACAUCAAUGCCGCCCGUGCAAUUCCUGGCGUUGUCCGGAUUGAUGUGGACGAGGCGCCGCAACUAAGAAAUGGCACUACUGCUGAAAACGAGGAGCAGACAGGCUCUAGAUCUGCCUCCUUGGUUCACAAUGAACAACAUGUGGCUCACUUCACAGUAGUCGCUGAGACGGAUGAGGCAGCUAAAUCCGCUCGCUCAGCCUUGGAGUUUUGUAGGCUGUGCAUACUUGUGCCGAAACGUCUUAUUGGUCGUAUUGUUGGCAACCGGACGGCGAAUAUUCUCUCUAUCAAUGAGAAAUCUGGAGUGAAGCGCAUCAAUCUGGAAACAAACACCGAGUUUCUUCCCAAACAUGUAGACUCGGAAACCACUGAAGAUGGGCGUCCUCCAACUUGCAUCAGGGUUGAAGACAUUCAUCCUGACCUAGCGUCGCCUUCCGAGAAAGAUGUCGAAAGCGGAUUUUUCUUAGUCGGUUCUCGCGAGUCUGUGGAUACGGCACGUCUGUUGAUUACUUUCCAAAUUAACUGCAUCUUUGACUUGGAAAGACUGGAGUGUGAGAAGUAUGAUCUCCUCCGGGAGUUUCCUCCGCAGCGAGGGGGACCCUUCCCCGGACCCCAGCACGACUCACACCACCAACACUUGGAAAACGGUGGUCCAUCUCGUGGCGGUGCCCGUGGUGGCGGCAACUCGUAUCCUCCGCGAGGCGUUGCAGCCGGAGACCCUCAUGACGAUGCUCCACGGGGUUCUGGCGGCGGUUAUCCUGGUCGUGGUGCUGGACGACGUGGUGGUCGUCCUCCUCCUCGCUCGUCCGGUGAUAUGUCGGAUGGUCAUCAGGGUGGAUCGCCUCGUGAGGGGUCAAUGGAGCCCGUGGAAAAGGUCGAGGACGCAGGGCGUCGAAGAAACGGUCGCGGGAACCGUCAGCGUGGACGUGGUGGUGCUGUGCGUGGUCGUAUUGGAACGGGAGUUGACGCCAGUGCAACAGUUGUCGACGAAUGUAACGGAGGCGACAGCUCUUCCAAUGCACCGGAUUACACCGAUUCCAAAAAGGAGGCUCAAAAUGAAUCAAGCGGCCCUGCUCACCAAAACGGCAAACGCCAUCCCGUGAAUGCAGGUCCGGCCUCCAAGUCACAGAAACAGUAG